ACAAAUUUGUGCCAGAUUAACUCACAAAAUGAAUUUAAAAUUGCUUAUAUUCAGGGCCCGGUCUAGGGGAGUGCCGGUUUAUUGUUGUUUACUGCUAUGUGUCUACUUAGUGUUGAAAUAUUUCUACUGGAGGCCGCUGGAGACCGAGAGCGUGCCGAAGCAUCUGCGGGGAUACCUCAAGUUUGCAGAAAACUUUAAAUUUCCGAGACACAAGCUGCGUGCGGCGGAGAUCAAGCGGCUCAGCAGCCUUGUCGAGCUGCUCAACAACGAGCGCGAGGUGUUCCAGACGCGGCGGUACGGCGCGGUGCGCGGCGACACCACCACGCUGGUGGUGCAGGUGCACCGCGAUGCCGAGCGCCUGCAGACCCUCAUCGUGUCGCUCGCGCAGGUGCGCUACAUUCACACCGUGCUCGUCGUCUUCUCGCACAGCUACUACGACAACAGGAUCAAUAAGCUCGUGGCUAGCAUCACCUUCUGCAGGUACAUGCAGAUAUUUUACCCGUAUUCGCUCCAGCUGUAUCCGAACAAGUUCCCCGGCAUCGACCCCGAGGAUUGCCUCAGCGUCCAGGGCAAGAGAGACAAGUACUGCAGUAACCGCGACGGUCGCCUCACGGAACACAAGCACCACUGGUGGUGGAAGGCUUGCUUCAUCUUUAACAACCUGGAUUGGUCCGACAAUUUUAAGGGCACCGUUAUAUUCCUAGAAGAGGACAACUAUGUUUUGCCGGAUUUGUUGUACAUGCUUCGGUACACGACCCGUACUCUGUCUUAUCUCCAAGGAAUACAUGUUAUGUCGUUUGGGAGGCCUUACGCGAAGUAUUUAGACUAUGACUUGCUUUCGGUGCUGGCUUGGCGACCACCUUUCGACAAUGGAUUGGCUUUCAAUAAGACUAUCUGGCAGAAAAUCAUGUCAGUUUCGUCUUAUUUUUGCAUGUACGACGAUGUCAGCUGGAGCUACUCGCUGCUGAACGCUUUCGGCAAGCUCCGCGCCGGGCGCGCCGACGUGGUGGCCACGGCCGCGCCGCGCGUUCUGUCCACCAGCAUGUUCCCCAGCGGCCGCGCGGCGGUGCGGCAGAUCAGCGCGUGGCUCGCUGAUGCCAAGUUGUUUCCUGUUAAUGUGAAGGCGGUGAUGCUGUAUGGCAGCAGCGGCAGAAUAGACUCCGGCUCCAAGCCUCCCCCGUGGGGCAAUGGCGGGUGGAGCGACAUGCGGGACCACCUGCUCUGCUUGGAUCCCCUCAUGUCCACUACCACGGCCAACUUCAACGACCUGACGGCGACCUCCGACCCGCUGACCAGCAGCACGACGGCCGAUUAUCUAACUAUUGCUCACCACAGGGUUAAUAUGUCUGACGCUGAAAUUCGACAUUUAUUAUAAACUAUCUGAUGACCCGCAUUGUCAUUCAUGUCACGUCGACUAUGCUACUCGGGAAGUGUGUACUUUUCAAAUCAAAGAAAUAUGUAAUUUUUCAUAUCGCUUCAGUAGUUUCGGAGUCUUGAAAAAAAAGUUUGACAUUAGUAUAUAUUUAUUACCCAAUAUGUAUAGCAUAAAAUGUUAUGACUAUCUCUGGUGACCUGAAUGCAUGCAAUACGUGUACGUGUGCUACUUUUACUAGGUAAAAUUUUGUAUAAACAUAUGCGAUCUACAAUGCAUUAUUGUUUACAGGCAAGACCAAUUGAGGGGUUAAUCUUUUCUGAGGGUACAUUACAUUAACAUUAAACAUUGAGCAGCUUGUGCAAAGCUGUGUGGAGCUCUCGUUACUAUUUAAUGAAGGUGUGUGUAGUGUAGCACUCACAAGGAGUAAAGCCUCGUGAGUUGAGUGCAUUUAGUAAGUGUUCAGGAGGGCGGGAUUGCAGACUCGUUUAUAAUUUGCAUGGGAGAGGGCGCCUGCUGGCUGGCUGGCUGCCAGCGCCGCGCGUGCAGUCUGCACCUCAGCUCCAUCAACAUAGUUCGGCACGUGUCUGCCUGUCCAUCUGUAUAGCUACGCUCUGACACGCACUUUACGUCAGAUCACUGCAGUAGGUACGAGAUGUCGGCGGAGUGCGUCAUGCGAAGAUGUUGCGUGCGUGAGCUCGCCAAGUAAACAGCAGACGUGUCAAGACGUUUGUGAAGGCCCGCUCCUAUUUACUUAAAUAGUUCAAUUAGUUACCCGCAUUCGCAUAUGCUAGUGCACUUGCAAUCAUGAUCAUUGAAGUAAUAAAAAUCGUUGGAAACUAUUCUAUUUGUUAGUCUGUAAAUAUAAUUUAUUUUUAUAGACUUUCGUUCGUAGUUUUUGUAUUUUGUUUUAUUGCUCAAUUAUAUACGGUA